UUUCACAGACAUUUGUUGAAAUGAAAUGAAAACGACGCUCUCGUUGUAAACGUAUUUUGAUAUAAAUUGUAUUUAUAUCAGUGAGUGAACCAGUGCUAUUUAUUUCAAUUAAAAAGUUGUAAAAGUGUGGAUAUAUUUACAUACACACGUAAAUAAAUCAUGAGCCAGAUAGUAACGCGUAAAGGACCUGUUGGGGAGGAGAAGGAUAAGAGGCAAACAGACAGUCCAGUGAAAGAAAUGAAAAAGAAAAUAGCCGCAAACGCAGAGAAAGAGAAACAGGCCGCGGAGAAACCUACAGAGAAACCAGCACACAGUGAAAAGAGACCCGAGAAGGCUUCCGAAAAGAUAGAUAAAGACAAGCCUGCUGACAAAACCGACAAAAAAGAUAAAGUAGACAAGACUCCAGACAAGAGAGAGAAACUAGACAAAAGCGUAGAUAAGAAAGAUAGUAAAUUAGAUAAGAGUAUAGACAAGAAGGACAAGUUAGAUAAAAGCAUAGAGAAAAAAGACAAGACAGAGAGAAGUGGUGACAAGAAAGAAGCAGAGAAGAAAGAAAAUGCUGUAGAAAAGGAGAGCACUUCAGAGAAGAAGGAGGGAGAUGAUAAGAAAGAAGACAAGAGCAGUAAGGAGAAGGAUGGGAAAGUGGAAACCGACGAGAAAGCCAAGAAGCCAGAGCCAAAAGCGAAAGAGAACGGCGCAAAAGUCAACGGGGAACAAAAUGGCGACACGGUGAGUUCGGAGGACGAGCUCCAGGAUCUGGACGAAAAGGACGAAAUGUUCCCAGAACUAGCUUACGAGGACUCUGAUGGGGAGUACUUCGAACCCCCCACUCCUGAGGGUGUGCCAAGUCGCAGCUACACGAGGCGGUCCCAGGUAAAGGCGACGCGCACACCGGAGACCCCGCGCCCCGCGUCCGACAAACACAAAGAAGCCGACAGGGACUAUGUUCCUGAUGAUUCUAAACUGCUGAAGUUAAAAGAAGAUGUGCCGUCAUCGGACCGCAAGCUUCGAUCAGCCGACUCGCCCAAACCACACGACAGGAAGGAAAGGGCUGGUUCCAAUUCAUCCGAUGCCACCAACAAGGUGCUCAUACCGGUCGUAGUUCUAGAAGAAGCCAAUAUACAUGAGAAUGAAGAGAAGAAAGCAGAAGAAAUGGAAGUAGAGACGAACAGUGCGCAGGAGAAAGCAGAGAGAGAGAUCGAAGUGGUUGUAGAGGUUGAGAAUGAAGACGAAGGCCGCGUGAAAGCGGACACCAACUACUCAAAGUCGCGCGUCAAAGUGUCGCCCUACCGCCGCAGCGCGCGGCUCGCCGACAACACUAACACGUCGCUGCUCGCCAAUUAUACAGGCAACAACACAACAAUGGAGAUGGACAUAACAGCAGAGACGUCGUCGUUCAUCUCGGAAGAGCCCGAGAGCCCCUACCUCAGCGGCCUGCGCAGCAUCCGCGGCCGCAGAUCAUACAAGCCGCUCCGAGAGAUGGCGCUGAGGAAUAUUGGCGUCUAUAGCAGCACCCGCUCCAACACUAGUACUACUACAGUAUCUGAACACCCAACAAGACCGACCGGCACUGUAGUGGGUCGCAAACGCAAGCCCUCCCACGAGGAGACCAUAGAGCUAGCCACGGAAGUAGAGGAGGCAGCGAGGAGCAAACGCGCGCGCCUUCUGGAGCGCCUCGCUAAGCCCUUCCGCAUGGUCUCCACGCCGCUACCCGCUAGGCGAGCCGCUGAGAUUGUAGGCAUCAACACGGACCUCCCAUUAAGCGCACCGGUCGCUUCAACGGAGACCUUCGACCCAGAGGCCAUCAAACCCCCAACAGUGACCCCUGUCGACCCCCCGACCCCUGUGACCCGUAUCAACGAGCGGGACUCCAAGCGAUGCGUGGUCAUGUAAGAUGAUAAUUUAUGCAGCCUUAUUAAGAUAAAGGGGUUUGAAAACUAGGCGUUUUGCGAAAAGAGGCAUUGUGUUGACUAUGACCCCCACCGACCCCUACAUUAAUCAAAAAUUCGACCGCUUUUCUCGAAUGCUUUUCCAUUGAACCCUCCUAAACACCCGUAAUCCCGUAAAAAAAUCCCGUAGGAGUUCUUUGAUUUUCCGGGAUAAAAAGUAAUCUCCACGUCUUUAACUAUAUCCAUGCAAAAAAUACGUGGCUUCGUUGUGGCGUGAUUGAAGGACAAACCAAUUAAUCAAGAAACUAACACUUUCGCAUUUACAAUAUGGGUAGGGAUGACCCUCAGUGAUUCCAAACUUAACCCAAAUUGACCACUAAAUCUGACCCCAUUUUUCCAAUCGCAAUUCGCAAAUGCUUAUCCAUUAAACCCCCAUAUCACGAAAUGAGAUCCCUUCAAAAUUGUACCGCCUUAAUGAAAUGAUUAUUGUGAUAGGGAUUUUUAACAAGGGUUUUGCGAAAAAAAAAAAAAAAAAAAACAUCCCUUCCAAAAUAUACCGAAACCUACCCCUAUUCAUCUCAUCUACCCUAAACUUAACCCCUCUUGAUCCUUUAUUAAUGUAGUUUUACAAACAUAUAGCUCUCUCACUCACACAGUCCCUUUUCGUAAAGUAUCGAUAAAUUAAUCCCCUUUUUACAUUAU